AUGCAGAAAGCCAGUCACUUUUUCGAUGGUACCCCUGGCACCCCGGCAGUGGGAGAGAGGCAGACUGCCUCACCUGAUGUAGUUCUCACAGAGUCGGUGGAAAUUCUCCCUCUCGGCAUCACACUUCAGGUCAUCAAACAGCUUGCUGAGGAGGAUGGAGGCGCUCAUGCGGCUGUUUGCCGUCACUGUGAGCUCCCCAGCGAGUGUGAGGCUGUUGUUGGGGUCCUUCGGAGAUUUCCGGGGUACCAUUUUAAUGAGGAGGGUCAGGGCAUUGUCACGGCCUUGGCCGGAGACUCCCACCUCAGUCAGGAGCUCCAAGAGGUUGCUGAUGAGGACCUUCAGCUCCCGGGCAGGGUCUGGCAACAAUACACAUCGGUGAUCAAUGUCUGCGACAUCAUGGCCUUUCUUGACGCCUUCCUUGAGGGCGUCAACCAUAACCUGCAGCAAGUGGCAGGCCGCCAGCGACACGGCCUGGUUUUCCACACCCAGGAUGGAGACCACUCUCCGCGUUCCCAGGACACUCAGGGUUGCCACUGUCUACGAGCAAAUGCCGACCAGGGUGCGCAGGGCUGCCAGCAUGAGGUCGGUCUCUCCGGUGUCCAGCAGCUGUUGCAGGAGCUGAACCCCAUUGCUCCGGAAGAUCUUCUCAGCUCCUGCAUCCUCUCGGGCCAGGACCACAAGCGGCUAGGAAAUGUCCAGCUCGAGCGCAAGCUGCAGCGGCUACGGGCAACCCCAGGCCCAGGUAGAACCAACCCGACCCCCGACCCCCGACCCCCUCACCAGCUUGAGGUGGCAAGCAGCCCGGUUUCGGUGCAGAAUGGCCUGGUCCUGGGGCGUCGCGCCGAGACUCAGGGCCUGGGUGUAUGCGGUCAGGGCACCCUCGUAAUCGCCGCAUUUGAACAGCUCGUUGCCCUCCUUCCGCAGCUGCUCGGCAGAGCUGGCAGUCAUGGCGAAGCUGAGCUCCGGGGCCGGCGCAGGAGCAGUCUCUGGAGCAAAGGUGGCCCCGGGAUCGGGAAGAUGCCGGGGGCUGCUCCGCCCCAGCGCUGCGUCGGGGUUACGCCAAAGAAGGCGAGGCCAAGGCAAGGUUGCAGCGGUGCGAGGGCCGGGAGCUCGGCCGCAUUGCGCAGGCGCAGGCGCAAGCGCAGGCUCAGGGACGCUGCUAGUGUGUCCCCACUGGGACCCGUAGGGGGCGCGCGGCGGAGGCCCGAAGGGCAGGGCGGCGGCGGCGGCUGGCGUCUUGGUGUCCCCUCCUCCGUCCCCGACCGCGGCAGAAGUGCACGAAAUCUGCGGUCAUCAGUGCCACCAGAAGAAGACCGUAGAAGCCCAGUGCGAGGAGCGGGCCUGGCCCCCUGUGGGAGAGGGACGAGAAUCAAGAGCGGACACUGGCUGCGACAGGUCUGGGGUUACGGAGCCCAGAGCGUCGGAGAAAGCGCGCCAUAAACACAGACUGCAUACGCAUAUUUUGCGUACAAAUUUGGGAGCUCGCAGGUAUCUUGAAGACGAACGCAGCCAGCUUCGGAAUUAAACCCCCCACGACAGUAUGUGUAACCCAUGGACUACAAGAUCCUCUCUGUUGGCACCGUACAAACCCUCAAGUCCCGCAAAAACAUACAGCAGCCUUGGUUUACCUCUUACUCCUUCAGACUUGUUUGUAAUCAGGGACUUCCUCUCCGCUAAUCCGGAAGCUACAAGCCUUCCACCGCAGAAUUUAAGGACAGAGCCCAAGACACUGGGAGCACCCUGCCAGUGCGUCCUGUGGAUCUGGGGGCAGAGUUCUCACCUGAGGAUGGGUGGGGGCUGGAGAGUAGACAAGUUGACUUGGUACAGGGCCUCAAAUUCGUCGCGAGUACAGCAGGAACCCCCGGCAGCCUGCAGGUGGCAACAGUAAGCUUCCUCGGGAGUGUCAGAGAGGCGGGGACAGAAGAAACCCGGGUAGUGGCGGCCGUCAGCGUCCCGUGUGGUUUGGCACAAGUGGGGGUGGUGAGCCAGUGCUGGAGAGAAGCAAGACGUCUGUCGAGAAGGGAGGUUACCCGCACCCCCUUCGCCCGGUUCAAGGUGCAAAGUGGGGUCCAAGUUUCUUCACUCUUCACCACCAGCUUCCCCGGCAGCCCAGAUCGCCCUCAGAAGAUAGGGGAAGGGUUGUAUACCUGAGAGGUCGGUAGGAUGGGCAAGGUUCAUCCAACUGAAAAGCAGUAGCAGCCCCACAGACAGGCCCGUCAGUGGAGGCCCUGGACUCCUCCUCUGGAGGCCCAUGAGAAGUUACCUCCGCCUCAGCCGUAGUCCUAGGAAUCCAGUGUGUGUCCUAAGCCAUGACUACCAACAAUAAGUAACAUGAAAUGAAAGUCCCGAGACCCCGUAGGGGUGGACCCUCCUCCAUCACGGGCUGCUAGAGAGAUGAGAACAACUGGAUGCUUAUCAUCGACUGGGAACUGUGAGGCCUCUGGCUCCAAACGGCCUACGAUAUCUAAGCAGAAGGAAGGACCGCCUCAGAGGACUGGGGAUGCCAGGUGAGAGAGAAGCUGAGACAUUGUCCUGAAAAAAAUGAACACAUAAAAUAAAGCCAAAAAUGUUUCCAUC